AUACAUACACACAUAAACACAUAUUUCAAGUGCGUACCCACACACAAAAUAAAGAAAUACAUAAAUAUAAAUAAAUAAAAAUGGUGAUGAAAUUGUAUCCAUUUUUAUUUUUUAUAAUACUAUUUAUAAUAUUAAAUAAUUUAUUAUAUUUAAAUGCAAUAGAACUAGACAACAGUAGCAAUAACAACAUUAAUAAUAACUAUAAACAAGAUAAAAAUUUAAAUAAUGUGUUAUAUUUUAUAAAUAAUUACAAAAUAAAUAAUAAUAUAAAAAUAUGGGUUUUUUUUAAUUCGAAAAAUAUAAUAAACUCGUCAGAAGAAAAAAACCUAUUUAUAGAUAAAAUUACGGGAAAAGAACUUUCAAAUGAUCAAGUUAUUACAAUCACAGGAAUAUCUACCGAAUCUUUGGAAAGAAGAAAAAAUAGAUCGAUGAAGAAAGAAGAAAUUAUAGAUGAAGCCGACUUACCAGUUUCAGAAGACUAUACAAACGAAAUAUUAGGAUGUAAUGGUAUAAACUCUACAAUUUCUCUAGGUCACAAAUCAAAUUGGUUAAAUUCAAUAUCAAUAAAUAUCAAAUUCGAAUAUAGUGAUAAAAGCAGUUUAAAAUCAAUAUUGCAGUGUAUAGUUGAAAAAAAUUUUGUUAAUAACAUUGAUAUUAUAAAAAAAGGAAUAAAACGACCAAAGAUAAAAAAAGAAUAUUCAAACUCAAAUAGAAUCAUUAAAGAAACCGAUAUAAAUGAUUUAAAUAUUAAAAGUGAAAGUAACAUUUUUUCAGAUGAUUUUUAUGGGGAUUCAAUCAAACCAAUCAAACAGCUCAAAAUAGACAAGUUGCAUAAAAAAGGAUACCAUGGAGAAAAUAUAACAAUAUUAGUAAUAGAUGAUGACUUUUAUCUCAAACACCCAGCAUUUAAAACAAUGACUGUAAUUGAUCAAAAAGAAUUCUUUAAUUCAAACAAUCAAACCAAAACUAAUGAAGAUCUUAGAAGUAAAGGAUUAAAAGAAAAUGGUGAAAAUUUUCAUGGUACUUCAGUUUUAUCAGUAAUAGGGGGUUUUGAAGUUGGUAAAAUAGUAGGUCCUGCAUACAAAUCCAAGUAUCUAUUGGGUAAAAUUAAAGUCUCUGAAGAAGAAGAUUCAACUUUUGAAGAGGACCAAUUUAUUGCAGCAUUGGAAUGGGGAGAAAAUAAGGGUGCCCAAGUGAUAUCAAGUAGUCUUUCAUUUUGCUUAAGUUUAGAUUACAGUUAUUUUAAUUUAGAUGGUAAACAAUCACUAACUACAAAAGCUGCCAACAUUGCUAUCGAAAAGGGCAUUGUGUUUGUAAAUGCCAUGGGUAACGACGAUUUUAGUAUAUUCGGGGGUCCAAAUGAUGGCGAAUAUGUAAUAGCUGUAGGCGCUGUCGAUGAAUAUGGUGGUAUUGCAAGUUUUUCAUCUGUGGGACCAACUGCCGAUGGAAGAUAUAAACCAGAAACACAAGCAAUGGGAAUAAAUGUUAAUGUCGCAGAUGUUUUAUCGAAUACAAAAUACUCUGAAUUUAGUGGGACAAGCUUUUCAACUCCAUUAAUAGCUGGUGCUGUAGCUCUUUUAAUUCAAGCUCACCCAACUUGGACCCCCAAACAAAUCCACCAGGCGAUCAUAGGAGGCAGUAUAUGGUCUUCAAGCCCCCACUAUUUAUUAGGAUAUGGUCUUCUAGAUAGUGAAAAGGCAUUAAAUUUCAAACCAAUGUUAGGAAGUUGUUCUUAUACAGGUUGCUCUAAUAAUGGAAUUUGUUGUAAAGAUAAGUGUAUAUGCCCAACUGCUUACUAUGGUGAAUUCUGUCAAUAUAAAAGAAUUGAAUGUGGAUACAGAUGCCAAUACGAUUUUCCAAACUCUACUCAAUGUCAAAAAAAUAGCAUGGGAAACUCUUAUUUAUGUGUUAACAAAUAUGAAAAAAAACAAAAAAUAUUAGAAAAUAAUCAAAAUCCACUUAUAUUACAGAUUAAAAAUUGCGAAGAUACAACUAAUUUCAAUGAUAGUUUCGAAGAGUUUAAAGUAACAAAACCUCCAUUAAUAAUAAUGAGCUUCGAUGGUACUCAUAACUCAAAUUCAGCAUUUAAAGAUGUCGACAUCUCUUUUAAUAAAGUAUUAUUAAUAGCUUUAUUAAUUUUUUUAAUAAUAAACUAA